CGUAGUCCGUACGUAAUGACGACACCAGGGGGCUCUGGUGCGGAGGGGAGCGUAACAUUCCAUUGAGAAGAAGAGGGAAAAAUGGCGUCCUCGAAUAAUCCUCGCAAAUUUAGCGAAAAAAUCGCUUUGCAUAAUCAAAAACAGGCGGAGGAGACGGCCGCGUUUGAAGAAGUGAUGAAGGACCUGAACAUCACCAGAGCCGCGCGGUUGCAGUUACAGAAGACCCAGUAUUUGCAACUAGGGCAGAAUCGUGGACAGUACUAUGGAGGCUCACUGCCCAAUGUCAAUCAGAUUGGAAAUGGCAACAUUGACCUGCCUUUUCAGAACUCGGUACUGGAUACCAGUCGUACAAGCAGGCACCAUGGGUUGGUGGACCGUGUUUACCGUGACCGGAACCGCAUCACAUCCCCUCACCGCCGCCCACUUUUAGUCGACAAACAUGGCCGCCAAAUUGACAGCUGUCCCUAUAGCUCAGUUUAUCUCUCCCCACCACCAGACACAAGCUGGAGAAGGACAAAUUCCGACUCUGCCUUGCACCAGAGCGCCAUGAAUCCAAAGCCCCAGGAGUCAUUUUCCGGCGGGUCGCAGGAGCUGCAGCCUAAACGAGUGCUGCUGCUAACUGUUCCUGGGACGGAUAAUUCAGAGUCGGAUGCAGACAGGGAUGCACAGGAACAGUUGUGGGAUGACACGAAGGAUGAUGGAUCGAAGCCUAAUGCAUGUGACGUCCCAGGAAUUAACAUAUUUCCGUCACCAGACCAGGAGCUGAACCCAUCUGUGCUCCCAGCCGCACACAACAGCGGUGGUUCCCUUCCCGAUUUGACCAACAUUCAGUUCCCUCCUCCUCUGUCUACUCCUCUGGACCCGGAGGACACUGUAUCCUUCCCCUCCCUCAGCUCAGCCAACAGCACAGGCAGCCUGACCACCAACCUCACCCACUUGGGGAUCAGUGCUGGUAGCCACGGGAUUUCCACCUCCUCCCAGCCCACCAUGACUGUAUCUGCACAACGCCGACAACCCCCCGUGAUGCCGCUCACCCUCACCUCUGACCUCCAUCUUCGACAGUCCUCACAGCAGCUCUCGCCCACCCUGUCUUCACCUGUUAACGUCACACAGGCGGUGCCGACAGAGUCGUUAACCCUGGAACAGCAGCUUUCCCAGUACCCUCUCUUCAACCAGCUGACCGCUCAGGCCCAGGCUCAGCUCCUCAAUGACCUCCAGAAGCAGCAGGGCCUCCCGCAGGGCAUCCAGCUCAUCACCCUGCCAACCCUCGCUUCCUCUGGUUCAGCCACUGCGAGCAGCCCGUCUCCGGACAGCCAGACCACCGCCAGCAUCACAGUCAGCUCGUACCGCAAUCAGACUGGCUCACCAGCCACUCAGUCUCCAACCUCCCCAGUCUCCAAUCAAGGCUUCUCCCCUGGAGGCUCGCCUCAACACAUUCCUGUGGUGGGCAGUAUUUUCGGAGACUCCUUUUAUGAUCAGCAGCUUGCAUCGAGGCAGACCAACGCCCUUUCUCACCAGUUGGAGCAGUUCAACAUGAUCGAAAGUCCCAUCAGUUCGUCCAGCCUCUUCAGCCAGUGCUCCACGCUCAACUACACUCAAGCCGCUAUGAUGGGCCUCACCGGGAGCACCCUUCAAGACUCGCAGCAGCUCGGCUACAGUAGCCAUGGCAACAUCCCCAACAUAAUCCUAACAGUCACAGGAGAGUCUCCGCCAAGCCUCUCCAAAGAGCUCACCAACUCUCUGGCGGGCGUUGGCGAUGUCAGCUUUGACGCAGACUCCCAGUUUCCUCUGGACGAGCUGAAGAUCGACCCCCUCACCUUGGACGGACUGCACAUGCUCAAUGAUCCAGACAUGGUACUCACCGACCCCGCCACUGAGGACACGUUCAGGAUGGACAGGCUGUGAGCAAACUGACCGACCGCGUUCUGGAUCAAAGAAGAAACGAUAGCACUAACUUGUUGAUGGGGUGGAAUAAAGGGCAGGAUGAACCCUCUCUCUCGUUGCAUGGCUGUCCAAUCUUACCCUCAGCUCUGUGAAGCCCUCUGAAAGUUGCGUAACCUUGAAGGGAAAGAGGAAAAAGAUGUCAGUGGCUUACAGAGGAAUGAUCCUGCCAUUGUUCUGAACAAGACUGGUCGCUCAGCGCUUUUGCUAGCCUACUGUGUUUACAGUGUCCCAUCACGCCCCACAUAUAUUCCAAAAAUGCUCAUUUGACAGCUUAUUUAUUUUGCUCAUUUUCCUGUCAUAUCCACUAUUUAUCUUUAUUUGCCUGUAGCAGGAAGCUACAAGGACACUGGGCUAACCCUGUUAUUAUAAUCAUUGGUAUAAGAAGAAAAAGAAUUCCGGUUUUCUUAUGAUCCCACAUGGAAAACAGUGUUAUCCCAUUGUUUCAUAACAGCAUUUCACACUCAAAGCUUUAUUUUUUACCAACCAAAUGUUACUUUUCAACUGGUACUGUAUGUUUUGUGUAUUUAUACGUUUUAUUUAUUUGGUUAAAAGAUUUUAUAUUCCAUUUCAUGACCUAAAUUUAAUGCCAAAAUGUUGUCUGUAGGCGUUGUGUAGAAUUGCACUGAUGUGAUUUGCGUGUACUUAUUACUAACAUAUUUCUAUAUGUGCUUAAGCUACUUGGUUAACGAAGGAGUGCAAAACCUCCCCAUGGUUGCUGUUUGGUGUUAGAUGUUACAUUCUCGGACGUCGACAUGCUGCAGGCCAACAGUUCAAACAUCACGAGUUUUCGCUUAACUUCACAUCAAAGUCGUGCGCUCCAGAAAUGAGACUGGAGGUGAGGUUUUUCUCAGAGAAUCAUCAGGCCUUUUCUACUUCACUAGAACACGGGAGCGUCAGAAGUCAGUCAGUGGCAUUUAUGUAGAGAGACUAUCCUCCUACCUAGUGAAGGAAGGCUUCAAUUUUUAAAGCAGACAACACUAAGAAAAAAAAAAUCUUAAUCUUUUUUAAGUGGUCACUGUGAAAUCACCUGAUUUUGCCUUACAGUAACAUUCUACUCUUCUACUUUCGUGUCUGACGUGACGAUGUAUUUUCGUAACUUAUUGUAACAUUUUCUUGUAUUUGAGAGAAAAACUUUUGCUCGGUGACGUUUGUGGUUUUGUUGUUUGACAGAUCAAUGUACUGUAUUUUGUAGCGACACACUUAAUAGCCAAAUCGUUAUUUUUUCAAAUUUAAGAGGAGAGGGGGUGGGAAAGGAACGUAUGAAGGUUUCUGAGAAGGAAUGCAAUUAUGGGGAGGCUUUUUGCUCCUUAACAGGGAAUCUCUAACAAAAAGGCAUUUCUCCGUAUCGAUCAGGAUAAACCACUCAGAGAAAUCUCUAAGGAGAUGCAGAUUGUCUUCAGAUUAUUUAAGAAAGUUUAUGAAAUUAAGAGUAUUUUAUUGUCUUUGAUGAGAAAUAUAGAAGCUAAAGCUUCACUUUAAGAAUUUAAAUGUUUUAAAGAUCUGACUGGUUUAACUCAGUCAACCAUCAUCUCUAAUGACUGUUGCCAAAUAUGUCCAGCUUUUAAACUGAAAUUGAACUGUCAGUGCCAAUAAAUCUGCCGCCAUUUAGUUAUUUUUAGUUUUUUUCAAUUUUUUUGUCAGAGUUUCCCUGAGAGGCUUGUGCAGACGUGCGGUAUCAUUUUGGGUGUAGUGUAAUGUUCUGUGUGCUCAUUUUUACUCACCUAUAGCGCUGAUGGGAAGAGAUGAAGAGUGAUGUUGAGUUUACCUCCGCCGUUGGACAGUGCGUUCAGUUGUUCACCGACUGCUGCAAAGCUCCAUCAGCAGUUUUGUUUGCCUUUAACACAUCCGUGAUUCCUAUGCAAAAGAAAUUGUGAAGAAGAAAAAAAAAACACCCUUAAAGGAAAAAUCCAACUCUUUCCACAACCUCAGCUGGAUUUAUUUUUUUAAAACUGUUUGACAAUGGAGGCAAUUUUACUGUUAAAACUGCAUCUUCACAGAAAUCUGCAACCUGCUUAGGUUUUCGUUUCUUUGACUUUUAUUGCUACAUAAAAUAUCUUUCUCUAACGUUUAUUACAAAACGCCUAUAAUCUGAGAGAUUUUCUAACAAAACCCAAUUUUCGGAGGACUUUAGGUUCUCCGCUGUAGCUCAGAUUUUCCCACUUUUUCAAAUCUUAAUCUACUUUCAUAAACUGGGUAAAACUCAACGAGGCUCUGAGUGUCCUGCUGGCGAUAUGACAAUCAAGUAAUUUAGAAUAUUUAUUCACAACAGAAAACAUCCACAAAGAAGGAUAAAUCCAGCUUUGCUCUAACUUAUUUUUGUUUUAUUUUUAUUUCACCACUGAGGAGUUUCCUCAAUUUUAUUAUUGAAAAGCAGUUUCUUCCUUUUUUUUUUCCUUUUUCAACCCAAAGUUGAUGAUGUCAGAUCUGAUUCACUCCAUAAAGACAAAAAGAUACUUCUCCUGGUUCUGAGCUCUUGUAAAAACGAUGGAUUUUUCCUUUAAGUCUGAAGUUAGUGUCUACAGAUUCCAUGUUUCCAAAGGUUUACGUCCCUGAAAGUGUUAGCUUUGUGUUUGGACUUCACCGUUGUGUUGCCAAUAAUGCCAGCAUUUAGAGUUUUCCGGUCAUUUUCUUCCUUUUCAUCCUGCAAAGACUGGUCACUCACACUGACUUUUGUACAUAUUAUAGAUGAAACUAAAUGCAUGAUGAAACUGACAGUUCAAGCCUCUAAAUGCAAGCCUCCUAUAGCUCCACAGGUUUGAUAUGUGUAACAUAACUCUAAUGGGUAAAGGGAAGUCUAAAGGGAUGCAUGAAUAGGUUUCUUCUGUGCAGUGAACUCCAGUUAAAUCUCUCUGUUACCUCCAUCUCUGUACAAUGCUACUUCACGAAUGAUAAAAGAAUGUAAUUUGUGCGACCACGUUCUGGUUUCGCCUUGUUUUGAGUGUCCCGUCUCAGUCGGGGGCGGGGCUUGGCUCUCUGCUUUUUUGUAUGGUUGCUUGUUCUGUUGUCUCAUGGUAGCAUCUCUGCAAAGGGUGAUUUUUGUUUUUUUCUUUUCAAAAAGGCCCUCCUCUUGUCACAGCACAACCUUUCUUGGCAGGACCUGUCUUGUAACGGCUGCAGACUGGCAUGUGCACCGAUUGUUUGCUUCUGCAGUCGACCGCAUGACCCGAUGGACACACUGAUCUGACUCUUAUCCCCUGUUAUAUACAGGUCUUGUAUCUUGCUAUGCUGAAGUGGUGUGUGUUUUAGGACCCAUGCGUUUUAUUUUUCCUUCAUCGAAGCUGGAUGAAAUACACCUGUUUUUGUUUUUUCCUUUAGAUUUUUGUGCAAUGUUUAGUCCUGUAGAUGCUUCGCACUUUAUUUGUGACUCCCUGAUCAGGGAAUGUUCUGCCCGGUGUGAACGUUGACUGUUUCACACCACAUAUAUGCUGACGUAAAAGACUAAAGGAAUUCUUGAUUUUAUUUUCUACAUUUGAUUUAACUUUUUGUGUUUUUUCUUUUUGAACAAAAAUGACUUUAGAGGAUGCAAAAUUAGAAAGGGCUUUUCCCGUGCAGCUUUCGCUUUAGUGUUGGGAAGGAAUUUAGGGAUUCUUCGGUUUCUUCGGUUCCACAAUCCUAACUUCCCCAUGUUUUGUUUUUUUCUCCUUUUUUAGUAAGCAAUUUUUAAUGAUUUCUUAACAUUUUUUACAUUUCUGAAAAUCUCCCAAUCCAACCUCUUUUCCUGAAAAAAGCUAGAUUUCAUCAUGUCUUUGGACACAUUUUAAGCUUUUUGAGGGGCAUUGUUGUUCUAACACAAACCUGACUCCACCUUGUGUGUUGGAUAAAUCAUUGCCAAAUUUGAUUUGAUGGAAGUAAUCAAAGAUCUGGGGGAAUUUAGGAUAGCAAGAACACAGAUGUGCUCUCGAAAAGCUCAGAAUGUAUCGCCUAAAACCAUAAAACAUGAACUCUGCGUGGAAGAGUCACACCUCUUACUGCGAUUGGCCUUAAAAGUUGCGUACACUUUUAAAACGUCCACACAAAGCAGUUUGUGGAUUUAAAAUACACUCCUGUCAGGUGCUGCAAUUGUGUUGUAGCUCAAAUUUGUUUCCUCCAAAUGUGGAGGUAACCUUUUGUUGGAGAGACUUCUGACCAACUCUAGCGUAGAACCUCAAAGUUAUAAAAUUGUGACAGGUGUUAGUAAUCUCUUAAAUUGUGACAAGUUUGCUGGCAGCAAAUUUAACUCUGGGAAAUCACUUGAUACCAGAUUAGGCAGCUAAAAAAACUUUCUUUAAAGUAGGAAAUAGUUGAAGUAGUUUUAACAAGGAAGUGCAUCAUGUUUCAAGUUCUGUUUCAGCCUUACUGGUGACUGAAAUGUGGAAACAGGCUCCAGCUGCUGGUCCGUUUAUGGAACACGAGACACACACGUUAUCCUGGAAGUCUGCAACACCAGCUUCUGACUGGUUUUCCGUUCCCGCACAGCCUGGUUUUGUUGUUCCCAAAUGAGAUGGAGCUGCGUUUGGCGUGACUGCAGAAAGUUUUAGGUGUCAACGACAUGUCCCUUUAAUAACUUGGGAGUUUUCCUAAUGACUCUGUUUCCCUGAAACCUAUUUAAGGCUCUGGAAAUUCAACUUAAAGCUUCUAGUGAGAAAUGCAUUAUGUCACUGUUGUCCUGUAAGUCGUAGUAACAGACUUGUAGUUCUUUAUUUGUUGCCAUGUGACUCUUUAUGUGAUCAUUUGUUUAUAAGAUGAAAGAAAACUGUCAAAUUAAAUGUUGAAGACAGAUUUUUUUCCCAUGCACAGUCUUUAUUUGCAGAAUAAUGCUUCUUGAAAAUAAGAAAAAAAAAAGGAAUAAAUCUGUCCCUUGUCAUUCAACUUCGCAGCGCGUUGCUGUGAACGUGCAUGAUGUUUCUGCCCUGUUGUAUAUUGUCCUUGCUAUUGUUUCUAUUUUGUAAUCUGUAUUUCCAAAUGCAAACUGAAAAGAUUAUUUUGGAUAUAUGCAUGCUUGUGAAAUGUUCAGAAUGUUGAUUUCCACUAAAAGCUGUUGAGUUUGAAAAGAAAAA